AUGCCCCAGAGGGGGUACUCAUCUCAAGAGGGGCUUUGGGCCCUGCCUUCCCUCCCCAUGGCACAUGGGCCAGAAACUGAGUCUGAAGAACUGUUGGACCUCAGCUUCCUGACAGACGAGGAGCAAGAGGCCAUUGCUGAUGUCCUCAAACGAGAUGCCCUUCUGCGCCAGCUGGAGGAGGGGCGUGUCAGCAAGCUCCGGGCCUCGCUGUUGGACCCUGGGCAGCUGAAGAUCCUGACAGGGGACUGGUUCCAGGAAGCACGCUCCCAACGGCACCACCAUGCACACUUUGGCUCUGACCUUGUCCGGGCCUCUAUCCGCAGGAAGAAGAGUUCCAGGGGAGACCAGGCUGUGAGCAGCGAUGGGGAAGCUGAGGCUGCUGAAAAAGAGAACAAAGAGGAACCAGAGCCCAGGCUCUCCACAGAUGAGGUGCCCCAAGAGAGGCUCAAGGAGACUGAGGGACCUGAUUUCCCAUCUCCAUAUGUCCCCCUAAAGACUUCAGAUCAGGAGGAGGAGCCCCAAGCCCAGGAAGGCGACCACUGGGCAGCACCGAAGCCUGAAUCUGCAGAUCACCAGGGUAGCAAACCAGUGUCUCCGAAUUUGCUCAAAGGCGGGGAGGAGAGGGGCUCACUCAGUAGCCUGUGUCCCACUCCAGCCCCAGGCCAAGUGGAUGUGCAGGUCGGUGCGGAGGAGGCGGAGGCGAGGCCCGCGCCGCUGGGAGAGGCGCUGCUGCCCUCCGCUGCCCAGGCCACAUCCAAGAUCCUGGAGAACGGGGAGGAUGCCCCGGGAUCUGGCCCCUCGCUGGACCGCAUGCUCAGCAGCAGCUCCUCGGUGUCCAGCCUUAAUUCCUCCACGCUAAGCGGCAGUCAGAUGAGCCUGUCUUGGGAGGGCGAGGCCGUGCCAGUGCGCGGCUCCGUACACUUCGAGCUGCACUACGAGCCGGGCGCCGCCGAGCUGCGCGUGCACGUGAUCCAGUGCCAGGGCCUGGCCGCCGCCCGACGGGGCCGCUCUGACCCCUACGUCAAAAGCUACCUCCUCCCGGAUAAGCAGAGCAAGCGCAAGACAGGGGUGAAAAAACGGAAUCUGAAUCCGAUCUUCAAUGAGACUCUCCGGUACUCCAUCCCUCAGGCUGAGCUCCGGGGCCGCGUGCUGAGCUUGUCCGUGUGGCACCGUGAAAGCCUGGGUCGCAACAUCUUUUUGGGCGAAGUCGAAGUGCCCCUGGACACGUGGAACUGGGACUCUGAGCCUACCUGGCUCCCCCUGCGGCCCCGGGUUCCACCCUCUCCCGAUGAGCUUCCCAGCCGUGGGCUGCUCUCCCUGUCCCUCAAGUACGUCCCUGCCGGCUCAGAGGGCGCCGGACAGCCCCCAAGCGGGGAGCUGCACUUCUGGGUGAAGGAAGCUCAGGACCUCAUCCCACUGCGUUCAGGAUCCCUGGAUACCUAUGUGCAAUGCUCAGUGCUGCCUGAUGACAGCCGGGCCAGCCGCCAGCGUACCAGGGUGAUGCGUCGAAGCCUCAAACCCGUGUUCAACCACACCAUGGUUUAUGAUGGCUUUGGGCCUGCUGACCUGCGCCAGGCCUGUGCUGAGCUCUCUCUCUGGGACCAUGGGGCCCUCGCCAGCCGCCAGCUGGGGGGCAUACGCCUCAGCCUGGGCACUGGCAGCAGCUACGGGCUCCAGGUCCCCUGGAUGGAUUCCACACCUGAGGAGAAGCAGCUGUGGCAGACAGUCCUGGAGCAGCCAUGCGAGUGGGUGGAUGGCCUUCUACCCCUCAGAACCAACCUGGCCCCCAGGACAUAGCCCUAUCAUACCCUCCUCUCUGGACCUUCUCAUGGUCUGCCCUUAGGUAAAGUCAAUAAAGUCUGCUUUGAGGG